UUACAUAAGCGUACGGUUUGCCACGUGAUACAGCGAAGAUGCUGUACCUGCCGCUAAUUUGUCCCCCUCUCCCCAAACUUCUUCCGAUGACGUGAGGUCGACAGGAAAAAAAUCAAACCAUUUUCUCAUUCGCUCGUCAUUCUAUCACACUUGCUCCCUAUCCACCCCGGCCUUGUUCUUAAUAUCACGCUUGAAAAGACACUAUAUUGGUCUUCACAAUGCCGAUUCCUACAAGGCCUUUAAUAAGAGCUUCUAGGCUCGGGUCGCUUAUGCGACAGCCUCAGGCCCCUCGCGUCUUCUAUUCAGGCGGCUCAAAACUACCCGGUGGCACUCCCGGUGAGGCUUCAGAGCAAGCGGUGCCGCUAGGUCUCUACUACGAAGCUGUCCUUAACAGGCCGCAACCUAUUCCCGACGUCAAGCCCGAAGAGCCCCCUACUUCAUCGCCCAAAUCUCCCCGGAGUACCGUCAAAAAGGCCCCCGCCAAGAAGUCCAAGGAUGAGACCACCCCGUCCUCUUCGUCCUCUUCAUCCUCUUCUACUGGGCCUGAAACCUCCGCAAAGCCGGCGACAGCACAAGAAAAGGCACGUAUUAUCUUUGGCUCGCGACUCGCUGGCCCAGCCGAGAGAGCCGAGCGUCUCGAAGCCAUCCGGAACCGCAGUACGCUAAUAGCCGGCGUCUUAGUCCCCCCGCGGCCAGAAGAGCCAGACAACUGCUGCAUGAGUGGGUGUGUGAAUUGUGUCUGGGACCGCUACCGCGACGAGAUGGAGGAAUGGGUUAGCGCGUCUGCGAUGGCCGCGAAAGCUCUGCAAGCGCAACAAUCACAACAAGGAGAGCCAUCCAAAGAGGUUCCAAGCGCAGACAAAGUUACGGAAGGAGGGCUAUCGGGUCCAACCAAUGCUACAAAUAUGGACGGCGACGGUGGCGGCAGUGAAGCAAAUCGGCAGCCGGACUUGAAGAUGGCUAAUCGACCCAAGAUUGCCAAGGACUUUUGGGACGAUGACCUAUACAAGGACGUACCGGUUGGCAUUCGAGAGUUCAUGAAGCAGGAAAAGAGACUUAAAGAAAAACAUAUCAGGGAGGGUACUUUCGGCGCUUAGAGAAAGAUGGCUACAUCAUAAAUACCCCUGUCGAGCAAUAGAACAAUUCGCCAAAGAACCGCUUCACAUUCGAGUCGGCUUUAUGGACUGUCCGAAAUUCUUAUAUUUGUUUAGUGUUCGGUUUGGAGCCGAAAUUCUCGAUGCGUAUCGAGUUGUCCGCGGUGUCUAUCUAGCACGCCAUGUCU